UAAUUUAUUACCAAAAUGGAAAACUUUUUAGUGCCAUUUUUUAAAAAAAACCCCAACCCAUUAAUCACCACUACUGGUGGCACUGGCUCAUCUUCAUCAAACCAAACAAGCCUUGUACAACCAAGCAUAUAUCCUCAAAAUUUCCCUUACAAUACUAGUGAAAAACUUAACUUUCCAGAACAACCUUAUUUCAUUCCUUUGUAUCCCUUUCCAACAGGACAAGUUAGCUUUUCUAAUCAACCCUAUGGAAUGCCAAAUUCGGAACUUCAAGGUUCGAGGGCAUGCAUGACCAAAGCUACAAGGGAGAGAUGGAGACAAGUAAGACAAAGGAGUAAAAAUUCUACUCCUGUCGCUUCUAAUUCAGUUCAAGAAGGGACAACAAGGGAACAAUUUGUUCCUAAUGGAGGGUCAAAUGUGAGGAUCACAGUCAAACAACACAAUGCAACCAAGUUUUUUAACACCCCAAACGGGAAGAAGCUAGAAGAAAUUUUGACAAAGAAGUUGAAUAAGAGUGAUGUUGGCGUCCUAGGCCGCAUUGUGCUCCCAAAGUAUGUGUCGGCUAGAAAGGAUCAAGAAAAUCUAGAAGAAUCUAAGUCCUCGUCAAACACAGGAAUGCCACAUGAACCAGAUGCAUAUUUAGCUUACUUGACGAAGGAACUUGGCCAUAAGGGGAAAGCAGAAGCUGCCAACAACCUUUUGAACAAUGUUGAGGAAGAGGCACCAAAUCAAGCAAAUCAAUUACAUCAAUUCAUGCCGAUGAACAAUAUUGUUGGGGAGGGGGCAUCAAACCAAGCAAUUGAAGAAGCCGCACCAGCAGCACCCAUCAAUGUUGAUCAAGAAAACAAAGUUGUUGACAACGACGAUGAUGUUAUCUAUGGUGGCCUUGACAAUAUUUUUGAAAUUGGAAAUACUUAUCAAAUUUGGUAG